AUGGCCCUCAGAGUCCUGCUUCUGUCCCUUUGCUGUCUGGGGGUCCUGGGAGACACACACAACUCAUCGGGGGCUUACCGUCUGAGGCUGGAGGGAGGAGCCAGUCGCUGUCAGGGGGAGGUGCAGCUGCAGAGACCAGGUCUGGACUGGACUCCACUGGGUCCAGACUAUUAUGACUAUGUUCCUCUGGAGUUUGGAUCCAGAGUCUGCUCUGAGCUGGACUGUGGCUCUGCUCUGUCUCUGUCUGUGGAGAGAAAACCAACUCCUGAACGAAAAGCUGUGAAAGUCAAAGGAGACUGUGAUGAACCUGAACUGAUCGACUGUUUUGAUAAAGAAACAUCUGACUCUGAUCAAAGUCUUCAUCUCAACUGCUCAGACUCUGUGCGGCUGGUUGGAGGCUCUGGUCUCUGCUCUGGAUCACUGCAGAUAUGGGACCAGUCCUGGAUCUCGGUCUGUGAAGGGGCCUUGGACCUGCGGGGAGCAGAGGUGCUGUGCAGGGAGCUGGGCUGCAGGGGUCCUUCUGUCCUCCAGGGGGAGCUCUCUUCUCUGGGGCAGACGUUCCACUGUGAAGGCCAUGAGUCUGCUCUGGUGGACUGUCCCCGCUCCAGACCCAAGACCUGUCCCUCUGGACCCAGUGAGGACGUCAUCUGCUCAGAGCCGCUCAGGCUGGAGGGAGGAGCCAGCCGCUGUGCUGGGAUCCUGGAGCUCAGACACAGAGGACAGUGGAGAAAAGGGGACCCUAAAUUCUGGACCCUGGAGCAGACAGCAGCUGUGUGCAGAGACCUGGACUGUGGAUCUGCUGUUAAUGGCACAUGGGUGUCUGAUUUACCCUCCAGUCCUGUGUGGAGGGUCUCAGGGUCCUGUGUGAGGAGGUCUCCAGUGAGAGAAUGUGCUCGACCCUCUCACUCCUCCUCGCCCUAUGGUCUGAAGAGUGUGAUGAAGACCUCUGUGUCUCAGACUCUGUGUCCAGAGUGUGAUGAAGACCUCUGUCUCAGACUCUGUGUCCAGAGUGUGAUGAAGACCUCUCUGUCUCAGACUCUGUGUCCAGAGUGUGAUGAAGACCUCUCUGUCUCAGACUCUGUGUCCAGAGUGUGA